AACACUUGUUAAAAAGUUUAUACAUUUUUGUUUUAUGUCAUAAUGAAGUUAGCAAAAAUUUUAUUAUUGUUAAUUGUAUGCACGUUGUACGUGGUAAAUGGCCAAACUAAUAGCACAAGUAAAGCAUGUAAAACAGUUGUGUUGGAUACGUGCUUGAUGAAUUUAUUGCUGAUUGGAGACCCGAAAUAUGUGUUCCCGGUCAGUAUGCCACAAAUGGACACACAAUGUCGUACUAUUCGAGGCUAUGAAAAGUGCAUCAAAGACUACUCGAGUAAAUGUUUGAAAGCAUUUCCCAAACAAGUGACCAGUGUUUUAGCUUAUGGUGUGGCCAAAACGAACAAGGGUUAUUGUUCAAACAAAAAACGCAAAGAGUCAUUUAUAAUGAUUGGCGAGUGCGCCAACAAAAUGAAAUCGCCCAUGGACAAAUGCAUGUUCCAGUAUAUUGAUAGACUACAGGGUGCCGAAAAUUACCGCAAUGUUAAAAUGAGAUUACCUAUGGCAUGUUGCGAGUACUACAAAAUGAAACAAUGCAUUCUGGGCCACAUUGAACGGGAGGGCAAACCGUUGUGCACCGACAGUGUCUACAACGAGGCCGAGCGGCUCAUCGAUGGCUACGCUUUCGAUGUUUUGCAACUGAUUUGCGGCGACUAUACCGAGGACUCCGACAAAUGCCAGAACUCUGUCCCCAAAACACCCAAAAAGUUGUCGUCACAAAAGCGGACAAAAUCAUUGUUAUUACCACUUAUUAACAUAUUGGCUGCCGAUGAACAGUAAAUUGCAUAAUUUACCAUGGUGUUCAAUAUUAUUAUUUGCAUCAUCAUUUAGCAUUUUAUUCACUUUAUGUAACAUUUUUGCAUUUAAUUAUUAUGAUUAUUACAUAAUUAUGAUUAUCAAGCAUCAUUUAUUUAUAUAUUUACUUCGUUAGUUAUGCUGAACUG